AUGGGUUUUUCAACAUUUCCAAAAUAUAAAUAUGAACCAGAACCAUCAUCAAAAUCGAUUCAUCCGACAUUUUUAAAUUAUAUAAAUUAUCUUAUUAUUGGUACUGAUGAUGAACAACUUUCAGCUCGUCGACAAAAUAUCUUAAUUAUGUUUCGUGGUUUAUUUCAAUUGGUCUGUUUACAUAUUCUUCUUCGUUUUACACCUUAUUCAAUACUUCGCCUUCAUAGUCGAGAUGCAAUAUUAUUUUCUUUAACUCAUUUUCUAACAUAUACACUUUAUGGAUUUAUAUUUUAUUUUGCUCUUGGUAUGGUACUCAAUAUAGUAUUUGGUUUAGUGGGUUUUAUUUGGAAUAUUCAUAUACGUUCAGUAUAUCCAGGCUAUCCAUUUUUACCAACAGGUCUUCAUGAUUUUUGGUCACGUCGAUGGAAUAUAUAUGUUAAAUCAAUCCUUCAUCGUAUUGCUUUUAUUGCUUUACCAAAAUUAACGGGUUUUAAUAAAAAAUCGAAUGUUCGAUUUAUAUUUACUGGUUUUUUUGCAUUUUUUGUCUCAGGUCUUUUACAUGAAUUUAUGUAUACAGUAUCAAUGGAUCGAUGGUCAGGUGGAAAAAACAUGCUUUUUUUUCUUAUUAAUGGAAUGUUUCUCGCAAUUGAACUUGUUUUUCAAGGACUUUUACGACGAAAACAAUUAGUUCCACCAUUUGUUGGCUGGAUUUAUACAAUUGCAGCUUUAUAUUCUACAGCUCAUCUUUUUUGUGAUCCAUGGAUUGAAGCAGAUUGUUUUGCUACAUUGAAAACAUAUUUGGGAUAA